AUGAGCGUCUUUAAUAGGCCCUUUGUGGGCCUUUUGGUUCUCUGCUUCGUGACGUCUCUGCUGCUGGCUCAACGAAACGAUGGCGGCGGUGAACGGCUGAUGAGUCACGUAGAGAAGCAACGCUACGAUGGCUGGUAUAAUAAUUUGGCUCAUCCGGAUUGGGGAGCUGUAGAUAAUCACCUCACGAGGAAAGCUCCACCGGCCUACUCGGACGGAGUGUACGUUCUGGCUGGCUCGAAUCGGCCUUCGCCGCGUAGGCUAAGUCGAUUGUUCAUGCGUGGCAAGGAUGGAUUGCCAUCACAGCACAACCGCACCGCUCUGCUGGCUUUCUUCGGCCAGGUCGUUACGAACGAGGUUGUCAUGGCAUCCGAGUCAGGCUGCCCGAUCGAAAUGCACCGGAUAGAAAUUGAAAAGUGUGACGAAAUGUACGAUCGUGAGUGUCGCGGUGAUCGGUACAUUCCGUUUCACAGGGCUGCGUACGAUCGGAACACUGGUCAAAGCCCGAACGCACCGAGAGAGCAAAUCAAUCAAAUGACGGCCUGGAUCGAUGGUAGUUUUAUCUACAGUACAUCGGAGGCAUGGCUGAACGCGAUGCGAUCAUUCCAGGACGGCUUGCUGCUAACCGACAGAGAAGGUACAAUGCCGGUGAAAAACACUCAACGUGUACCGCUGUUCAACAAUCCGGUACCGCAUGUGAUGAGAAUGCUCAACCCGGAGAGGUUAUACCUUUUGGGUGAUCCUCGAACGAAUCAAAAUCCAGCGGUGUUAUCUUUCGCAAUUCUGUUCCUACGGUGGCACAAUGUGGUGGCUAAACGUGUUCGUAAGCAACAUAGAGACUGGACCGACGAGGAAAUCUUUCAGCGAGCUCGACGGGUCGUGAUAGCUAGUUUACAAAAUGUGAUAUCCUACGAGUACCUGCCAGCGUUUCUAGACGCCGAAUUGGGCCCCUAUGAGGGUUACAAAGCCGAUACCCAUCCCGGCGUCAGUCACAUGUUCCAGGCGGCUGCGUUCCGCUUUGGUCAUUCUCUCAUCCCACCAGGCAUAUUUCGACGCAAUGGAAAGUGCGAAUUUCGUAGAACGCAAAUGGAUUACCCGGCGCUCAGACUGUGUUCCACGUGGUGGAACUCUAAUGAUGUGCUAGAUGAAACCCCUACCGAAGAGUUUCUAAUGGGAAUGGCAUCGCAACUUUCCGAACGGGAAGAUCCUCUUCUGUGCUCCGAUGUGCGUGAUCAACUAUUUGGUCCAAUGGAGUUUUCACGACGGGAUCUGGGAGCGCUAAACAUAAUGCGUGGGCGCGAUAAUGGAUUGCCUGAUUACAAUACAGCUAGAGUGGCAUACAAACUACCAAAGAAGAAAACGUGGAGAGAUAUCAAUCCAGAAGUGUUCGAAAAAAAUCCGGAAUUGUUAGAGUUGUUAAUUAAAACGUACGACAACCGGCUAGAUAACGUGGAUGUUUAUGUUGGAGGAAUGUUGGAAUCGGACGGCAAACCCGGAGAACUGUUCACUGCCGUGAUAAUUGAUCAAUUUACCAGAAUCAGAGAUGCGGAUCGAUUUUGGUUCGAAAAUGAAGAUAACGGAAUAUUUUCCAAGGAAGAAAUUGCCGAACUUCGUAAGAUCACUCUAUGGGACAUUAUUGUAAACAGUACGGACAUCGAUCCGGACGAUAUUCAGAACGAUGUUUUCCACUGGAACGAGGGAGAUCCGUGUCCGCAACCGGAGCAGCUGAAUGCCACCAUGCUUGAGCCGUGCAACCAUCUGGAAGGCUACGAUUACUUCUCCGGUUCCGAGCUUGCCUAUAUCUAUUCCUGUGUAUUUCUCGGAUUCGUCCCAAUACUUUGCGCAGGGGCAGGUUACUGCGUGAUCAAGUUGCAGAACAGCCGCAGGCGAAAGUUGAAAAUAAAACAGGAAGCACUAAAAUCGAACGGAAUUGGUAAAGCAUCCGUGGAAAAAAUGGUCGCUCGCGAAUGGUUGCACGCUAACCACAAGCGUCUGGUGACGGUUAAAUUCGGCCCGGAAGCUGCAAUUCAUACAGUGGAUCGUAAAGGAGAAAAACUUCGGACUUUUAAUUUGAAGAACGUGGAUGUGGUCACUGUGGAGCAAUCGCUGGAAAACUACAAGAAGAAAAAGCCGUACUUACUGCUGCGCGUGCCAAACGAUCACGAUUUGGUAAUGGAAUUGGAAUCAAAUUCUGCCCGAAGAAAGUUCGUUAAAAAAUUAGAAGAUUUCCUUCUGUUGCAUAAAAAAGACAUGACGUUUGUGGAAAUUCAGCGUGACGUAAUGCUUGCCAAGGCGGAAACGCGUGAACGAAGGCAGAAACGUUUGGAGCAUUUCUUCCGAGAGGCUUAUGCGUUAACAUUCGGAUUGCGACCUGGGGAGCGUCGCAGACGGUCGGAUGUUUCCGUCGACGGGGAAGUUAUGACGGUAAUGAGAACCAGCUUGUCCAAGUCGGAAUUCGCUGCCGCUUUGGGAAUGAAACAGGACGAUAUGUUUGUCAGGAAAAUGUUCAACAUUGUCGAUAAGGAUCAGGAUGGAAGAAUUUCAUUUCAAGAAUUUCUGGAAACAGUCGUUCUUUUCUCUCGUGGCAAAACUGAUGAUAAGCUGAGAAUCAUUUUCGACAUGUGCGACAACGAUAGGAACGGAGUGAUUGACAAAGGCGAGCUGAGUGAAAUGAUGCGUUCAUUAGUGGAAAUUGCCCGGACCACUAGCGUAACAGAUGACCAGGUGAAGGAGCUGAUCGAUGGAAUGUUUCAGGACGUUGGUUUGGAGCACAAAAAUCACCUGACCUAUCAGGAUUUCAAACUAAUGAUGAAGGAAUACAAAGGUGAUUUCGUCGCCAUUGGACUGGACUGUAAAGGUGCGAAGCAGAAUUUCUUGGAUACGUCGACCAACGUGGCACGCAUGACAUCGUUCCACAUCGAACCUCCUUCGGAUGCCCGGCGCAACUGGAUGCAGGAACGUUUGGACAGCUACACAACGUUUCUGGAAGAGAAUCGGCAAAACAUUUUCUACCUGUUUUUGUUUUACGUUAUUACCAUAGUGUUAUUUGUUGAAAGAUUCAUUCAUUAUUCAUUCAUGGCAGAGCACACGGAUUUAAGACACAUUAUGGGCGUUGGAAUUGCAAUUACUCGAGGUUCGGCAGCUUCACUUUCAUUUUGCUAUUCAUUAUUACUUUUAACAAUGUCUAGGAAUCUAAUAACGAAAUUGAAAGAGUUUCCAAUUCAGCAAUACAUUCCGCUGGAUUCUCACAUUCAGUUUCACAAGAUCGCUGCAUGUACAGCGUUGUUUUUCUCGCUGUUGCACACCGUGGGACAUAUUGUGAACUUCUACCAUGUGUCUACCCAGUCGAUUGAAAAUCUCAAGUGUUUAACGAAGGAAGUUCAUUUUACGUCGGAUUAUCGACCGGAUAUAACCUACUGGCUGUUUCAAACUGUAACAGGAGUUACCGGAGUUAUGCUGUUCGUCAUUAUGAGCAUCAUAUUUGCAUUCGCGCAUCCAACAAUCCGCAAGAAGGCUUAUAAAUUCUUCUGGAACGCACACUCGUUGUAUGUUUUGCUGUACAUACUUUGUCUCAUACACGGACUGGCCCGUCUGACCGGGGCGCCUCGGUUUUGGUUGUUCUUCAUCGGUCCCGGAAUCAUCUACACGCUGGACAAAAUUGUUUCACUACGUACGAAGUACAUGGCACUGGAUGUCAUCGAAACGGAUCUACUGCCGUCGGAUGUGAUCAAGAUAAAAUUCUAUCGUCCACCGAAUCUAAAAUAUCUAUCCGGACAAUGGGUGCGGCUUUCCUGUACCGAAAUCAAACCGGAGGAAAUGCAUAGCUUCACGUUGACAUCGGCUCCGCAUGAAAACUUCCUCAGCUGCCACAUCAAAGCGCAGGGUCCGUGGACAUGGAAGUUGCGAAACUAUUUCGACCCCUGCAACUACAAUCCGGACGAUCAGCCGAAGAUUCGAAUCGAGGGUCCGUUCGGCGGAGGCAACCAGGAUUGGUACAAGUUCGAGGUAGCCGUCAUGGUCGGCGGAGGAAUUGGCGUUACUCCUUAUGCUUCGAUUUUGAACGAUUUGGUGUUCGGUACUAGCACCAACCGGUAUUCGGGAGUGGCCUGUAAAAAGGUUUAUUUCCUGUGGAUUUGUCCUUCCCACAAGCACUUCGAAUGGUUCAUCGAUGUGCUGCGAGAUGUCGAAAAGAAGGAUGUCACCAAUGUGCUGGAGAUUCACAUCUUCAUUACGCAGUUUUUCCACAAGUUUGAUUUGCGAACUACUAUGCUUUAUAUUUGUGAAAACCACUUCCAGCGAUUGUCGAAAACGUCCAUGUUUACCGGUUUGAAGGCGGUGAACCAUUUUGGUCGGCCCGAUAUGUCCAGUUUUCUAAAAUUCGUACAAAAGAAACAUUCCUAUGUUUCAAAAAUAGGCGUGUUUUCCUGCGGGCCACGUCCUCUCACCAAGAGUGUCAUGUCGGCGUGCGACGAAGUGAAUAAGGGUAGAAAGUUGCCAUAUUUUAUUCAUCAUUUCGAAAACUUUGGCUGA